AUGGAGAGCAUCAGAUACAUCGUGCGCAGCCUCUCGACGCGGAAACCUGAUGACAAGGUCCUCUAUGUGCUUUCAUUUGCGCGUAUUAUUCUGGCACCCGUCCUGAUGGCCGCGGCUUGCUAUUAUUGUAUUUUUGCUCUCUUACUCCAGAUGAUAUGCGCCAUCAAGGUUACUAGUAUCAACCCCAGCGACGCGGACGCAGUCUCGAAAGCGAACAAGGGGAAAAGGAUGGCCGAGAUCGGUGUAGUGGUUCAGCUGGAAGCCGGCCAAUUCUACAAGAUAUUUUAA